CAUACCCGCCCAGUGUCCCUGGGACGGGAGAGGACGGGGGCUACAGCAGAACAGGGAAAUGAAGUUGUCAGACGGGCGACUCUCUCUCCACAACUAGGCGGCUACAGGCGAGGUGACAGGCGGUCACGAGGGGAGGGAUUCACGUGAAAACCCACAGCGAUGCAGGUCGGACAACUGAGCAACUUGUAGCUUCGAUCAGACAACUUUAUCUCCGCGUUACAGAACCUUUCAAAGUAAAAGCGUCGCAGCGGGGACGACCUGCUAGCAGCUAGCUGAAGCUAACCUUUAGCCGCACAGCUCCUCCAGCUUCAGACUCCACAGUCCCGACGAGAUCAGGGCUUGCACCACCAGUCUCCAUCAUGCCUUUUCCUUUUGGGAAGUCUCAGAAGAGCCCAGCUGACAUAGUGAGGAGUUUGAAGGAGAAUGUGGCGUACAUGGAAAAGAUGGAUGCUGGGGACAGCAAAAAGUGUGAAAAGGUUGCAGAGGAGGUGUCCAAAAACCUGGCCUCCCUGAAGGAGGUGCUUAGUGGAACCGGGGACAAGGAGCCUCAAACCGAAGCAGUGGCUCAGCUUGCACAAGAGCUGUACAACACCAACCUCCUCAUUGCUCUCAUUGCAAACCUGCAGAGGAUUGAUUUUGAGGGGAAGAAGGAUGUGGUUCAUUUGUUCAGCAAUAUUGUGAGACGCCAGAUUGGCAGCCGUACACCCACGGUAGAAUACAUCUCUACGCAACAACAAAUCCUCUUCAUGCUGCUGAAAGGGUAUGAGAGCGCAGAAGUGGCUCUGAACUGUGGAAUGAUGCUGAGAGAGUGCCUGCGUCACGAGCCUUUGGCGCGGACAGUGCUCUUCUCUGAAGACUUCUACUGCUUCUUCGGUUAUGUGGAGCUCUCAACCUUUGACAUCGCCUCAGACGCUUUCGCCUCAUUCAAGGAUCUCCUCACAAGACACAAGAUAAUGUGUGCAGAUUUCCUGGAAAACAAUUAUGACAGGGUGUUUACAGAAUACGAGAAACUCCUGCAUUCUGAGAACUACGUCACCAAGCGUCAGUCUUUGAAGCUCCUCGGGGAACUUCUGCUGGAUAGACACAACUUCACUGUCAUGACAAAAUACAUCAGUCGGGCGGAGAACUUGAAGCUGAUGAUGAACUUGCUAAGAGACAACAGCCGAAACAUCCAGUUUGAAGCAUUCCAUGUGUUCAAGGUAUUUGUUGCAAACCCCAACAAGACUCAGCCCGUGCUGGACAUCCUGCUGAAGAACCAGGCCAAACUCGUGGAGUUCCUGGGCCACUUCCAAACCGACAGAUCGGAGGAUGAGCAGUUCUGCGAUGAGAAGAACUAUCUGAUUAAGCAGAUCCGGGACCUGAAGAGGCCCGCAGCGCCAGAGGAAGCUUAAGGUGGAAGGAACGACUGCUCCCAUCAGGUGGUAGAUGUAUAGGUGGUGGCUGGAGCUGCAGACGGCUAAGAGAGAGUCUAAAAGACGUGCUUCAUUAAAUUUAUUAUUAACAAAAAAAUAUAGGGAAAAAAGCAAAGAUUACUUCCUUCACUUUCAUUUUCUGUUUUUUUUUUUUUUCUUAUUUAGUGUGGAUGUGGAGGUGAUUUCCAUCCAGCAACUUGAGUGGGCCAAGAACUGUUAUUUAAACCAUAGUGCUUCUUCUUUGGUGAUGAUGAAAUGCAUUUUAGUCCGUUCUUGUAAUGUUGGACCUUAAACUGUUACCUUUCCACAGACAUUGUUGCUGGCAGAGACCUUAGGCGCC